AUGUACGUGGUCAAGGACCUUGUUCCUGAUCUGACACUAUUCUUCGAGCAGUACCGAUCUAUCCAGCCUUGGCUGCAGAAGAAGGAAACCAUUUCUUUGGGUGACAAGCAAAUGCAUCAGAGCAUCAAAGAGCGCGAUAAGCUGGAUGGACUUUAUGAAUGCAUCCUGUGUGCAUGCUGCUCAGCGUCUUGCCCUUCAUACUGGUGGAAUGCGGACAAGUACCUUGGUCCUUCUGUACUAAUGCAGGCUUAUAGGUGGAUUAUCGACUCUCGUGACGAUUACGCUCUUGAACGUCUUCACCGCAUGCAUGAUGCCUAUUCUGCGUUCAAAUGCCAUACGAUCAUGAAUUGCACGAAGACCUGUCCCAAGCAUUUGAAUCCUGCGAAAGCCAUUGGAGAAAUCAAAACGUUGCUUACCGGCUUAAAAACGAAACCAGCGCCGGAGCCGGCGAAGUUCUAG